AUGAAAAAGAUAGAAAAAGAAGGAUGUUUGAUGCCCACCUUCUCAAAACGCAGGUGGGGUAUCUACUUGAAAGCGAGCGAGCUCGUCAACUUGACGGGCAGUGAGGUAGGCUUCCUGAUUUUUUCUCCUGGCGGAAAACCUUUCACAUUCGGAAAUCCUUCGUUCGAAGACCUCGCAAAUCGGUACAUGGGCCACCAACAGGAGCCUCACCUACCGUACGAUCCGGAAAUUUUCAGACGAGCCAGGAUCGAGGAGCUCAACCAUACUCUGAAGGAGCUGCUCGAUUCGGUGGAGGAGAAGAAGAAGGAAGAGAUGGUGCUGCACCAAAAGCUCGAGGGCAAGCGGCUGAACAAUUGGUGGAACCGACGUGUGGAGGAAGUGGAGGUGAAUGAGAUUUCAGGUCUCAAAGGUUCCUACUUGGAAUUGUUGGAGAGGAUUGAGAAGAGGAGGACAGAAACAACGAGCCAUGGAAAUAAUAGUGCAUGUAUUCCUUCUUCUUCAUCUGGUGUUGCUGGACAAUCGCAAAAUAUGGGACCGAUGAAUUUGAUUCAGAAUUAUCCAGUAGGCGAUGGAAUAGAGGAUGAUGCACUUGAUCAUCUAUUAUACUCCCCUGAACCCCCUCCUGCCGAUGCUUUUGACUCCAAUCCCUAG